UUUUAGAUUCGCUUGUGUCAUGUUAUGAUAGUUUUUUUUGUUUUCAAGUAUUUCGCUACAGUGCUAACGUAGUACGAAUUAUUUGUUCUCAAAAUCUUUUCUCGCUUGACUGUAAGUAAAGUGCUUAGUUACAGAAUUUCUCGUUUAAAUUCAAUAGCAUUGCAUUUAGUGUUGAAUACGAGUAGUAGAUUUCAGCUGUUUUGUUAUUGACCUUAAUUAAUGCUUGAGAAAUAAAUUGUUAUCAUCAUGACUCUACUUCAAACUACUGAUGAACAUCGCCCAAAUAGCUUUUACAAUCCAAUAUGCACGUCUGGUUAUUUGACACCUCUUCAGAGGAAAAAAUUGAGAGAAAAGCGAAAUCUUAAUCUGUUAUCAGAUGUACCGAAAGAACUGGAAAUUUCAAACAAGUCAAAAAAUACGUUGAAAGUUAUAAAGAAGGCUAAAGCUAAAAGAACACCGAAACUUAAAUCAAACGAAAAGGUAAUUAAAAAGGUACUGAAACAAAAAGAUAAUUUCCCUCAAUUGCAGUGCAGUAUCGCAAAUCUAGUUGGACAAAAUAAAGAUGAUAAUCCGAAAGAAAAAAGGUUUUUCAAAAAUCGUUCACCUCAGCAUUUAAAAAAGGCAAAGUUUGUCAUGCCCCUAACCUAUAAGAAAGGUUUAGAUUUCACUGUAACAGCACCUUUGCAGCUUGUUAAAGGGAAUGUAAAGGAAAUAUCACACAAUAAUUCCAUCAUGGAAACAUCGACUAAAAGCAUGGAAUUUGGAAGUAGUUUGGAAGCAUGUGCUACUGAAAAUCAUUCAAAUUCUUUCAAUGAGAAAGUUACUUCUAAUUCUAAUAUUGAAGAAACAGUAAUAAAAAAUUGUUCAAGCAGUGACAUUUCAAAUCCUCAAGUUUCGGAAAGUCUAGAAAAUUCUGACAGCCAUGAAAGCAAAGAAAUGUUUGAUAAAUUCGACUUUUUUGAAUUUAACUGGCCAUCAGAUGAAGUUUUGUUGGAAAGAGAAAGAAGAGCUCGUGCAAAACUCAGGGAAUCACUUGCAGCUGCUAAGUCAGAUUUUAGCUUUGAAGAUUUGAAUCGAAGUUCUAUUAAUAUUGAAGAAAUAUCACAAUCAAAGAAACUCUUCCCAAUAUUCAACAUAAACCAAAAAGCAAGUAGCAAAAAUCAACUUUCAGAAAAAGAACAAAUUAAUAAACAAUCCAAGGGGAAGAAAAAAUAUCUAAAUAUUAUUGAUAAUUCAAAGGGAAGUGAACAGUUGAUCAUUGAUGCUGGUCAGAAAGAAAUUGGAGCAAAAAUUUGCAAAACCUGUGGAAUGAUUUACACUAUUGGACAAGAGGAAGAUGAAAAACUACAUGCGGGCUAUCAUCAAACAUACUUAAUCAAUUUGAAAUUUUUAGGAUGGAAGAAAGAACGUGUUGUUGGAAAUUAUAUGGAUGGGCGUAUAAUCCAAGUGAAGGAUACUGAUGAAAAUUUUAGUACCAAGAAAAUUAAGGACAUUUUAUUUAUUGUAAAUAGGGAUUUAGGAUUUUCAGCUGCAGAACUGCCUGUUCGAUCUAAUGUCAUGAUUCUAUUGUUUAUAUCAAAUGAUAAAAGAGUCAAUGGCUGUCUUGUUGCUGAGGAGAUACAAUCAGCCAGUCGUGUUGUUUCAGCUGAAACAUCGGAAAAAAGUGAUGGAAGAUCUAUUUGGAAAUUAGGAAGUUGGUAUGCUAGCUCUGAAAUAGUUCCUGCUAUUUGUGGUGUGAAUCGUAUAUGGGUUUCUCAUGAUUUCCGACGUCGCAAAGUGGCUUCUAGAUUGGUUGAUUGCUUGAGGAAAAACUUCCUUUAUGGUUAUUUUGUGGAUCAGCAUGAACUUGCUUUUACAGAUCCCACUGUAGAUGGUAGAGAGUUUGCAGCCUCUUACACAGGAACAGACAACUUUUUGGUUUAUAAAUAAUCGAAAUAAGAGUACUGAAUAUUGAAAUAUUUUGUGCUGUCUGUAAUUUCUUAUAGAAUACACUUUGUAUGUUGGAUGUGCAGCUGUAAUUGUUUAAUAUAAGUUAAUUAAUAUAUAUAAAAUAAUAUAUGUAAUUGAAUAAUGCAUAAAGUUUGAAAAAUAUAGAUUAAAAAAUUAUUUGCAGUAGUGUUAUACUACUGCUAAGAUAACCUUCAAAGUAAUGUUUUUCUGUUGUUAUUUGUAUUGUAAAUAAAUUAAAUUUCAUAAAAAGUUCCUUUAUGAUGAUUCGUAUAAUCGCAUUAUAACAACAAAUGUAACAGUAUGUGCAUUUAUUAUUGUUUCUCAAAACUUUCAAUGCACCAGAUGCUACAGCAUCUGGUGCCCCCCGCGCCAAAGGCUUUAACAUUAAUGUAUGAAAAUAUUUCAUUUGAAUUUUAAUAAUUUCCUUUUCUAUUUUCAUUUGCUGAACUCAAAAUUAUGUCAUACUUAUUUAGAUUCUAGGAAACCAUUUCUUAAUCUAGCUUUAUAAAAUUUUAACUAAUUAUAAUUUGUUGUUAAAUUCUAUAAACAAUAUUUUUAUUGAUGAGAGACACA